ACGAGGAACAUCAAGCAAACUAUCAAAAAAAAUCAUACAACUUUUAUAAUUACCUAAAUCGUAAUUAGUGUACCUAAUUCAACUUUAGUGUCUUAUCAUUACCAAGUGUCGUGGCACCACCGAUUAGUACAAAAAUCGCUAAGUGUUUAGUGAUACUCUAAUUUAUCCAAUUAAUUAUUUUUGUGUGUUGUGUAAUUUUAAAUAAAUUUUUAUAAAAAUGGCUGAUAGUGGACUUAAACGCGAUAUCCCAAUCAAGCUUGGAGAUUUCAGUGUAAUUGAUACAGAAUUCAGCAGCAUCAGGGAAAGAUUUGAUGCCGAAAUGAAGAAAAUGGAAGAGGAAAUGUCUAAAUUCAGAUCCGAGCUUAUGAAUAGAGAAAGUAACAACUUCUUCAAAAGCACAAGCAGCACAACACAACAAACUUCCACUGACCAAAGGCUGUCCAGCUCAAACUUGGGCGCACCAGGCAGACAAGUCAGCACGUGGUUGGACGACCUCAAUUCACCAUUGAUCCGUGAGGACGCCGAUGGCAAAGUUCUGAAAUUGAGGUUUGAUGUUAGUCAAUAUGCACCAGAAGAAAUUGUUGUCAAGACAGUCGACAAUAAACUAUUGGUCCAUGCCAAACACGAAGAAAAAUCUGACACCAAGAGCGUAUACCGCGAGUACAACCGUGAAUUCUUAUUACCAAAAGGCACUAACCCCGAAGCCAUCAAGAGCUCCCUCAGCAAAGACGGAGUCCUUACUGUUGACACACCUUUACCAGCCUUAGCUGCAGGAGAAAAGAUGAUCCCCAUAGCUCACCAUUAAAUUUUUAAUUUAACAUUUGUGUAUUAAUGCGUUGUUCAAAAUUUGACAAUUUGUAAAUCAUCUCAUGUUUUUUUAUUAAAUUCAAUAAGUUGUGUAGAACUGGCCUAAUGAUGAAAGCAUAAUGUCUAAUAGAUUCAAAAACCAAGGAAAUUUGUUUAUGAUAAAUAUUUCAAAAUAUAUUUUUUGUACCGUGUGAAUACCAGUUUUUUUACAAUGAUAUGAAUUGUCAGAAUUUGAAGGCCGUGUCUUAAUUUAUUUUACAUAUGACAUCUAAAUUAUUUAUAUUUUAAUAUUUUU